AUGGUCCAAGUCCAACAACUCCAUGCGAAUUUUAUCGCGGCCAACUCUCUUCCAACCCAACCAGGCCUGCUCGAAUCCGCAAUCCACUCUCCAAUGAAUCUUAAGCACUAUGCCAAGCAGGAAGAUGUGUUCCAGCUCGCUGCCAAUCUCGCCGAGAAAAUAAUGAAAAACCACGCCUUCCAGGAUGGGAACAAGCGCACUGCUCUUUUGGCUGCCGACAUGUUUCUGAAGGUCAACGGGCAUUACCUUCAAACGGUACCAUUUGCCAGCGAUUCAAACAACAAGGGCCUCACAGAAGCUCAUGUUGCACUCGUUACGAACCGAAUGAAUGCGGAAGAGCUGGGCAGAUACUACAAGUCUGUGGCGCGACCACUCAUGGAAAUGACCCCCGAAAUUGUAGCUUACAGAGAGGCUGCCACCGAGCACUAG